AUGGCGAGUCCUCCAUCGAAGCUGGCUUCACUCAACGGCGAGUCCCUGCUCAAGGAGCAGAUGAAUGCUAUAAAGGCCCUUUUGGAUGCUGCGGGACGUCAUAAGACGUUCCGGACAUAUCAGCUUCUCCCGCGACACCGGCGCCGAAGGCUCAUGAGCUGGUCGGUCAGGUGCCUUCCACGAGUAUUCAAAACUCUUGCCAAGCGCGAUAAGCUAGCACCACCACCAAAGCUUUCUCGUAAAGCCCGGCGGCGUCGGUCACUCCCUCGGUUGCGUGUCUUCUUUGCCAAGCGCUUUUCUAUCAGGAUACGCAACGGAGUGCGCAUGCCUGUCCACUCCAACCAGAAGCAACUUCGUUAUGUAGAGCGUACCCUUCUGUCAGGGGCCGUCUGCUAUUGCAAUUUGCAGCAGAGAUAUGCAAUCAUCCAUACAAGCGCGGACUCAACUAAUGGUGCACUGGGCUCACCCUCCAUCAUCGAGGAGCUGAUCCACUUGCGAGAACAGAAUUCGGCGGCUCCUCUACUUUUAGGAGGGUUUGUGCCUGCAUUUCUAUCCUAUAUAGGUGAUAACGGAGGCAAUGCUAAUGAGCACAGGUAUCUGGUAUCAUACAAUAUGCUGGACGAGGAACUGAUUCGUCGACGGUUUCCCGUUAUGCAGUCAUUACCCGACCUGGUUCAUAUGACAAUCCUUGCUCGGCAGCGAGACUUCAAAUCUGGAAUGUGCUAUGACGUGGAUGCUGGCAUUAAGCGUAUUUGCAAUGCUAUUUCCAGGAGAGUGUGGGGGCAUACAGAGUAUUCUAGUCUGCGGGCGGCAAAGGAUCUAACCCCUGAGGCUCGCUUUCACACCUGCUACCCUAAUUGCUCAGCAGUAUCUUGCACAGGUACCACCUCCAUGCUUCCGUCUAAUUACUUUACUAACGAUUUACUUCAUAAUAAUUUUACCAACUCUACGAUUCUUCGUGCAUUCAGAAUUACGAGGCUCACCCUAGCACCCUUAGGAGAACCCCCGGAGUGGAGUCGGGGCUCUCGCAAUGCGUUGCGUUAUAAAAUACAAAGUGCUUCUUUAGAGCUUUUUGAUGACCAGACCCUGACACAACUAACGAAAGAAAUGGAGACAUAUUUGUCUAAUGAUUCUUUACGGAAACUGCGAGUCAUGCAAGUCCUUUCCAGUGAUGCCCGGAAAGACCUAACGGCCCUAUUGGGUCAUUACCAGGUGCCACUGGACGAGGGAGAGGUUAUACAUGAUGACAGUAUUGAUUGCGUUGCAACACAAUGCGAUUCUAAACCCAUUGAACUUGCACAUGAGUCUCCGUUAACUGAAGCUCCAAAACCCUUGUCUAGACCAACGCACGUUGACAUAAUGCCAUUGACCAGUCUUGAGUUUGUUACACCGCCCCCAGCAAGUGCUGCUUCUUCUGGACAAACCUCAAUCAUCUUCCAACCUAUUCUAAGUACCUCUCAGUUUGCUUCUCUGUCGUUUGCGGUUUCAAAAGAUGAAGCCCAGCCUUUCCUUCUUGGUCUGGUACGCGAUGGUAUCCCCAUCUUGGGGGAGAAAGAGCUUCUAAUAACGGUUUCUAACCUCACGCAAGCCCCGUGCAUUCCCACUACACUUGCUCCGUCGACGCUCUACUAUAAUCUGUCUCAUGUUCUCGAUGCUUUUGGUGCCUGGGCGAGGCGGCCCAGGACCAAGCGGGCUCACUCUUAUAGCUCUAGGUCUGUUCUCUGGUAUGUGUCGCAGAUUGUUGGUUCUACUGAGCUCACAAAUGCCUAUCUCAGUUCUCCUGUAGCAACAUGCUUUGACCUUGUGCUUGAGGAAGUUUGCAAGGAGCUCUACGAUCAGUGCUAUCCACUGCGAAGGGCCAAAGUCAAGCAGGUCAAGGAUGCCUUUAUGCAAUGGAUCACCACACCUGCAAUCAAGCUAAGCCAAUCCAACCUUGGGUCGCAUAUGGGGGCUGCGAAGGAUAACCUCAAUGAGAUUGAUGUCUCUGCAACAAUUGCACGGUUAGAGAGCUUCGUAGAGAGCUUGCCAGCUCGCUCACUUGAGCUAGAGUCUGUGCUCUGCCUAGCAACACGUUAUACAAAGAUCAUCUCUCUCACAGUAUUGCACAACUAUCCCUAUGGGCAUAUUUUGAAACUGCGACCCGUUGACGGUGUCUCCACAGAGUCACUGAGCGCGGUUGUUCUCCACUGCUCAUAUAGCACCCUUAUGGGUCGCUGCCUGGCAAUUCUAAUAGUUAUAUUUACCAAUCAACAAUUGGCACAGAGGGACGUCAUCUGCACAAGCUCGCCCAGCGAAUUUUAUGUGGAAGGAGAGCAAUUUACUAGUCGCUUGCACUGGAACUAG